CUUUUUCCAGUGCAGACGCGCGCGUGGUUCGUUGGUCCUGUGUCGAAAAAAAAACCCUCACUCGAGCUGGGAAAGUUGGGAAAAUUCCCUUUCAUCCCUUUCGUGGCACUUGUCGAGUUUAAGCUCGGGGUUUUCCCGCGUGGGAACGAAAAAAAAACACUCGUUUUACACAAAUAACAAUGGAAGAAGUCAAUAAAAAGUUGAAGAAUGUUUUAAUUAAUUCCAGCGCGAGUGGUGUUGAGUUAAAUUGUUUGCCCUCGUUUUCCACCGCCAGACGGCAGCAGUUGCAGGACUAUUUGCGCUACAAUUACGGGGCGGCAGUGUUACCAGCCGGCAAACGCAAGUACCAGGUCAUUCUGGCAUUCCUAAUUUGUGCGAUCGCGAGGAAUUAUCUCAACGAGCUUGCAAAUGAAGAUUGCAUCCUCGAAAUGCCCUCGCAGCUGCAGAAGGCGUUCCGACCGCCGCCGGAGAGUUGCAAUUUUUGCGCUGGAAUUCGGAGCGUUCCCCGAGUUUCCAACGUAGAUCCGGAUGACUUUGAGCGGAGGUACGCGUACGGUGCCGGUCCGGUCAUCGUGACGGAUGCAACCGCCAACUGGACGGCACCGGAAGUGUUCGACUAUUGGUUCUUUGGGAAAAUCUACGAAACAUAUGGCACCAGAAGGGGUGCGGCCCGGUGUCAGUUUUUCCCAUAUAAAACAGGUUUUCGGAGUCUGCAGGAAGCGUUGAGCUUGGAGGAAGCUCGGGUUAACUAUGAGCCCGGAACGGAACCGUGGUACUUUGGGUGGAGCAAUUGUGAUCCGGUGAUACUGAAGGUGCUGCGGGAGCAUUACGGGAGGCCGUACUUUUUGCCCCGGGCGUCCGAGAAUAAUGCGGUCGAUUGGGUGUUUAUGGGUGGGACCGGGUUGGGGGCACAUAUGCAUGUAGACAACGUCCGUCUGCCGUCCUGGCAGUCCCAGCUAAAAGGAGCUAAAGAGUGGAUACUUGCACCACCACCAGAAUGCUACUACAGCUGUGAUUUCCUCUCCGUCGUAGUUCAAACUGGAGAUACAAUCGUCCUCGACACCAACAAGUGGUACCACAAAACGAACGUACUGUCGGGCGAGAUCAGCAUCACCGUCGGUGCGGAGUACGACUAAACUAACCUGGAGAUGAUGGUCGUCAUCGGUGGAAACUCCACGAUAUCCU